GCUCUUCCAAGACAUCAACAAGAAGUGAGUUCGGCUCCAGGCUUGCGAGAUACUCCGCACUUAGAGACUGGAUCCAAUAGCAAGCGAGUUGGCCCCGCACCUCAUGCUCACUCCCGCACAUCCUCACAAGUUGAAUCAGCAGAAAGCGCCGGGAAUAUUGGCAGCGAAACUCGUGGAAAUCGUUUUUUUGGGGCUAGGCGGGAAGGAGAAGUACGAGCGACCAGUGCCCAAGAGGAAGGUGGCUUCAGCAGCACAUCAUCUGAGGACGAUAGAUAG